CUUUUGUGGUAGUAGUCAUUGUAGUGAGGAUCGGCUACAGCGUCAGCGUCGCGUUUGUAGUAGCUACCGUAGUAGCUUUUGUGGUAGUAGUGAGGAUCGGCUUCAGCGGUUGCACUUCGUUUUAGUUCAUCGCGCUCUAGAUAAAAUUAAACGUUUGGUAUCAAUAUUUAUAGACGUGAAGAUUUCUUUCAAAGCAACACCUACUAUUUUGAUGAG